UCGAGGUAGAGGAAUAAGGGCUUCUGUUCUGCCGCCAUGGCUUUCGCAGCUCCAGCAGCUGUGUUUCUUGAUGAGAACCUGCCAAUCCAUAGAGGCAAGAGGGCUGAUGGGCUGAAUGCCAAGCCACUGAAACCAUCAGCUAAGCCGUCAGCCAGGAAGGCCCUGCGGGAUGUGUCCAACACCAGCAAGCCCCUGCGGGAUGUGUCCAACAUCAAAGGUAACGCCGCCUUGAAGGACAGGUCCGUCCUCAAAGACAAGUCUGCUCUGCGUAGCCAGGAAACCAUUAAGAAGAACCCAGUGAACAAGACUACAAUCUUUCCUGAUGAGGCGACCAAAAAAUGUCAUGACUGGGCUAAGGGUGGCGUGGAGGGUGCCCACUUCACUGGGAAUGAUGCUCAGAAGUUGGACAGUGACAAGAUAAAUCAACGUGUCAAGAAGAAAGUGGAUAAAAUAAAUUCAGCAUUGCGUGACUGGCCAGAUGUGAUAUUUGAUCCUCUGCUAUUUCCAGCUAAGGCAGUUGCACCGUUUUAUGAAGAAGUAAACGUGCUGGAAAUGGAGCCUGAGAUUCUUCCAGAUGUCACCAGCAGCCGUGGUCUCUCAACUUCAGGCAAUCUUGCAAAGCUGGCUGAAGAUUAUUUCGGUGAUGACAAUUACCCAUUCCUGGAGCCUGUUGAGUUUCAGCUGAAAGACGAGGAAAGUUGUCAUCCCUGGAGCCUGGAAGGAAUGAACUGAAGACAUAUCUGUCCACCUGAAAACUUCAAACACUGUUGCUGUCGCUGUCUUUGCAACACUGCUUGCUCAGGAGCCGUAUUAGAAUGCUAGAUGUUGCUCUCUUUCUCCCGUCUGUUCUGAUUGAUGGAUGUGGUGUGAGACGUGCCUUAAGAUU